UGGCCAAUGACAGCCUGGCCCUGAUGGCUUGGCUUUCUCCCCUCCUCUGUUGCUGCUCCCCAGCCCACUCUGCCCCGCCCACCCCUCUCUGGCUGGGCUUGCCUCCCGCUCAGCUAGCUUAGCGAGCGCAAAGCGCUGACGAGCCCCGGAGCUGGCACAGGCAGUCAGCGCUCUCCGCCUGGGUCCCAGGUCAGCUGCCCACCGCCUGAAGUGGCUUCUGACCCUAGGAGCUGUGGGUCACACGAACUUCCUGAAGGGAACCGGUGCGAGAGAAGACAGAGUAAGGGCGAGCCAUGGACCCUGUGAGCCAGCUGGCCUCUGCGGGAACCUUUCGGGCACUGAAGGAACCCCUUGCCUUCCUGCGAGCCCUGGAGUUGCUUUUUGCAAUCUUUGCAUUUGCAACAUGUGGCGGCUAUUCCGGAGGCCUGCGGCUGAGCGUGGACUGCGUCAACAAGACAGAAAGUAACCUCAGCAUAGACAUAGCCUUUGCAUAUCCAUUCAGGCUGCACCAGGUGACCUUUGAAGUGCCCACGUGUGAGGGAAAGGAACGGCAGAAGCUGGCGCUGGUUGGAGACUCCUCAUCCUCAGCAGAAUUCUUUGUCACCGUGGCUGUGUUCGCCUUUCUCUACUCCCUGGCUGCCACUGUCGUGUAUAUUUUCUUCCAGAACAAGUACCGCGAAAACAACCGGGGCCCACUCAUUGACUUUAUCGUCACUGUAGUCUUUUCAUUCUUGUGGCUGGUGGGUUCGUCUGCCUGGGCAAAAGGACUGUCUGAUGUCAAAGUGGCAACAGAUCCCAAAGAAGUCCUGUUGCUGAUGUCAGCUUGCAAGCAGCCUUCCAACAAGUGCAUGGCUGUCCAUAGCCCUGUCAUGUCCAGCUUAAAUACAUCUGUGGUCUUCGGGUUUUUGAACUUUAUCCUCUGGGCUGGAAACAUUUGGUUUGUUUUCAAGGAGACUGGCUGGCAUUCCUCGGGACAGAGAUACCUUUCCGACCCCAUGGAGAAGCACUCCAGCAGCUACAAUCAAGGCGGCUACAACCAAGACAGUUAUGGGUCAAGUGGUGGGUACAGUCAGCAGGCGAGUCUGGGGCCAACUUCUGAUGAGUUUGGCCAACAGCCUAGUGGUCCCACUUCCUUUAACAAUCAAAUAUAACGGAGUAUCACUCACCACCUUCCAUUUCAGUAGCAGAAGAAUUUUUUAAGAGUUUCAAUCAAUUAUUAAUGCAGAGAAUGUUGAAUGUAAAUCAGAGAUCUGUAGUCCUCAUUAAGACAGAAGGGCCUGGGUGGUGAUAAAUGGGACUUAGAAAUGAAAUGUCAUAAAGAGAUACAUUAUUCAUCACGGAUGGGUAACUCAAAAGUACCUGGUUCUACACACAGAUACUUUUAUGGUCGCUUUGUAUGUGUGGUAAAAUAGUAGAAGCAUUUUGUAGCCUAAAGUCUCUAGUAUGUAAUGUGUGUAAAGUACCAUAAAUAGUACUGAGUUUUCAUAUGUGUUUUGAUGCAACAGAUAUUUUACUGAUUUCUAGAAGACUAUUUCAUGAAUCGCAUUGUGCAUGUGUUACUAUUUUUUAGUUGAAGACCUUCAAGACUGCAACUCUGUUUUAGAUAUUUAUUCUCUACUGUUUUCACUUGAUACAACAAUGUGUGUAUGAUUUAAUGCAUGAGUAAGCAUUGUCUCGCACAAUAAAUGUUUGACUGUACUUCUGGAGACUUUUCAGUUUGCAUCAUGAGUUUGUUAAGUGAGUAUUUAAAGACAUGUAUGCAUGUCUUUGUAGACUUUGCAAGUUUGUCUCUUUGACUUUAGCCAAGUUCUGAAUGCAUUAGAGCAAAGGUCUGGAAGGUUUUCCUAUUUGUAGAUAGUCAGUGUUCUCUAUGGUGACUGCCCAAUACUUAUUUGAUUAACUUAAGUAAAUAUUUACAUUCUUGUAACUUUCUAUGGUGUUUUGUGGCUCUUGUGAGCCAUGACUGAUAAUGCCCAAUGACCCUCUGUUUGCAGAAUGGCACUUUCUUUGCAUCCAGAGAGGCAGAUUUAGACACUGUAGUUUAAGUAGUAUUAAGAAACGUGCUAUGUUGUUCUAUGUGACUAGUCAAAUGUUUGGUUUUGUUUAUUUUUGAAACUAAUAUAUUGUUCAAUCUAAUUGUUAGAAAUAUCAAGUUAUAGCUUAACAGGAUUACUAAUUUAGAUUUGUGUAGACAUAAAUUAAGAAUGGCUUUUGUCACUUUAUUCCCAAAGAGGGUUCUCAUGAAAGACUCUCCAGAACAUAUUCCUUAUCAAGAAAAUGCCAAUCUUCAUUUCUUUAUUCUAACUCGAUUGAAACAAGAAGUCCCAACAGGAAGGACAAGCUAAGCACCUGUGUUUCUAGAUAAAGUUGUAAGUGAUGUACAAAUUGUUUGUGUGAUCCAUGGUGUUGGAAACAGUUUAGCACAAAAUAUCCUGUGUCUUAAACACUAUCUGUAACUAGUUUCUUAAAUCCUGGUGGAUAAAUCUGUAUUGUGAUAUCUAUUUGACGUCAAUAAAGUUAUUGCAUACAAA